AUAGCUGAAUAAAGGUUUGAGAAAAUUACAGAACCCAAACUCAGCAAAGCCAUGACGGAGACACUCAUCUUCAUCUUCCUUUCACUCUUAACAUAUAUAUUCUUAUCCUUUUUAAACCCCAAAACGAAGACCACUGAACACCACCAUCCCCCAAGUCCACCGUCCAUUCCGCUAAUACACCAUCUCUCUAUAACUCCUUCCAAAACCUCUCAUCCAAACACGGCCCUAUCCUCCUCCUCCGCCUCGGCCCCUCCCGCCGCCUUCUCCUCCUCUCCUCAGCCGCCCAACUCUUCAAAACGCACGACCUCGCCUUCUCUUCGCGUCCCGUUUUCGCCUUCGCCGAGAAGCUUCCUUAUGGCACCUUUGGAUUCAUCACUGCUUCUUACGGUCCCUACUGGCGCUUCAUGAAGAAGCUCUGCGCCACGGAGCUUCUCGUGAGGAAGGAAGAGGUUGAACGUUGCCUCCAAAGGUUGUUGCAAAAUGAACGUGGUGGCGUUUCCCUUGACUUGGGCUCUGAGCUCAUGAAACUCACCAACAACGUCACUUGCAGGAUGGCCAUGAGCACCAGUUGUUCGGAGAAAUGCGAGGAUGGUGAGAAGAAAAGGAAAUUGGUGAAGGAAUCGUUUGAACUUGCUGCGAAGCUGUGCUUUGGAGAUGUGUUGGGUCCUCUGAAGGAGUUGAGCUUUUGGGUUUAUGGUAAAAAGGCUUUGGAGGUGAGCAGAAGGUAUGAUGAGUUAUUGGAGGAGGUUCUCAAGGAGCAUGAACACAAAAGAUUAUCAGUUGCAAAUGGGAAUGGGCAUUGCAGUGAUGAGAGAGAAAAGGAUUUGAUGGACAUUUUGUUGGAUGUUUAUCAUGAUGCUCAUGCAGAGUUCAAGAUCACAAGGACCCAUAUUAAAGCCUUCUUUAUGGACCUCUUCAUUGCAGGCACAGACACCUCAGCAGAAGCAAUGCAAUGGACAAUGGGAGAACUCCUCAACCUUCCUGAAGCAUUCCGAAAAGAGAUAGUGUUAGUGACUGGGAAUGUUAGGGUAGUUGAAGAAUCAGAUGUGCCAAACAUGCCAUAUUUGCAAGCAGUUGUGAAGGAAACACUGAGACUAUACCCACCAGGACCUGUGACAACAAGAGAGUGCCGCCAACACUGCCAAAUAAAUGGCUUUGAUGUGCCACCAAAAACAGCAGUGGCAAUCAAUUUAUAUGCCAUAAUGAGGGAUCCAGAUUCUUGGGAGGACCCAAAUGAAUUUCGCCCUGAAAGAUUCUUGAAAAAACAAUUUGAGGAUUUAAGGGAUAAUUAUGAUGAUUCUAAGACGAUGGACUUCAAUUUUGUUCCAUUUGGAGCAGGAAGGAGAGGGUGUCCAGGGACAAUAAUGGCAUUCAACUUGAUGAACACUACAAUUGCUGCUUUGGUGCAGUGCUUUGAUUGGAAAAUUGGUGAAGAUGGAAAAGGAGAAAAGGUUGAUACGUAAUCUGGAUCUGGCAUGUCUUUGAGUAUGGUUCACCCACUUGUUUGUCUUCCCAUGCGACAUUUUAACCCAUUUCACGUAUAAUUAAAUGUUGACAGAGUUGUC